GAUAAGGGAAUGUUUUCCUUGUGUUUCUCCUCUGCAGACUCGGAUUGUCUUUCCUUGAUGUUAACUGUCUUAGGACUGGUGGCUUCAGAGGGCUGGGUAUUUGGCUGUUUGCAGGCUUAUAAACAGCAUUUUGAUUUUACCUUGGCCGCAGACUGAGGUGCAGCCCUUUUGCUUGGCUUUUCAGAUGCCUGCUGUCCUUGAAGCACUUUCAUUUUACCUAGCUCCUUUUUGGUAUGAAUGCAAAGCUGGUUUCUAAUAGACUGAGAAGAGAAGGGGGACCUGGCUUCCUCCUCGCCUCCCCCCAGCCUGCUCCCUGGGAACAUUUUUGUGUUUGCACAGACACCUGUCCGGCUGCAGUUUGUGCCACGGGGCUGCACAAUUCCUAACCUUCUACCCACCUAAUUCGAGGGCAAGGGGGCCUCAUCACAGAGCCUCAUCUUGAAGGCUCAGGAUCUGCAAGAGAAGGCUUUUCCUUAGGAACCUGUGACUUCACAAACUCUCCCUGUCAUUGCAGAGUUUUUUUUAAGCUUCUAAACGUUGGGUUGUUGGUGUCCUUUGGUUCAGCUUUUCCUAGUUCUGGUAUUUAGGAAGGUGGCUUUGAAACUAGCAGGGCUGCUUAAACAAGAGCUACAGCUAUUGAACAAACUGCUACCAUUUUAGCUUCAACACAGGAAUGAGGCAGUGUUGCCAGACGCCAUUUUAAGAAUCCUGCAUAAAUAGCUUAGCUACCGAUGACUCUGCCUGUUUUAGUUUGGCUGAAGAGGAAGUAAAAGCAGAACAGGAGGUGGUAGAGGGCAUGGAUAUCUCUACUCGCUCCAAAGUCAGAACUAAGACAUGGUCCGUUUUACUAUAUGAAGCAGCCACUCACCACAGACCCUGUUGAUGUUGUACCGCAGGAUGGACGGAAUGAUUUCUACUGCUGGGUUUGUCACCGGGAAGGCCAAGUCCUUUGCUGUGAGCUCUGUCCCCGGGUUUAUCACGCUAAGUGUCUGAGACUGACAUCGGAACCAGAGGGGGACUGGUUUUGUCCUGAAUGUGAGAAAAUUACAGUAGCAGAAUGCAUCGAGACCCAGAGUAAAGCCAUGACAAUGCUCACCAUUGAACAAUUAUCCUACCUGCUCAAGUUUGCUAUUCAGAAAAUGAAACAGCCAGGGACAGACGCAUUCCAGAAGCCCGUUCCUUUGGAACAGCACCCUGACUAUGCGGAAUACAUCUUCCAUCCAAUGGACCUUUGUACAUUGGAAAAGAACGCGAAAAAGAAAAUGUAUGGCUGCACAGAAGCCUUCCUGGCUGAUGCAAAGUGGAUUUUGCACAACUGCAUUAUUUAUAAUGGGGGAAAUCACAAAUUGACGCAAAUAGCGAAAGUAGUCAUCAAAAUCUGUGAACAUGAGAUGAAUGAAAUCGAAGUAUGUCCAGAAUGUUAUCUAGCUGCUUGCCAAAAACGAGAUAACUGGUUUUGUGAGCCUUGUAGCAAUCCACAUCCUUUGGUCUGGGCCAAACUGAAGGGGUUUCCAUUCUGGCCUGCAAAAGCUCUGAGGGAUAAAGACGGGCAGGUUGAUGCCCGAUUCUUUGGACAACAUGACAGGGCCUGGGUUCCAAUAAAUAAUUGCUACCUCAUGUCUAAAGAAAUUCCUUUUUCUGUGAAAAAGACGAAGAGCAUCUUCAACAGUGCCAUGCAAGAGAUGGAGGUUUAUGUGGAGAACAUCCGCAGGAAGUUUGGUGUUUUUAAUUACUCUCCGUUCAGGACACCCUACACGCCCAACAGCCAGUACCAAAUGCUGCUCGAUCCCAGCAACCCCAGCGCCGGCACGGCCAAGAUAGACAAGCAGGAGAAGGUCAAGCUCAACUUCGACAUGACGGCGUCCCCCAAGAUCCUGAUGAGCAAGCCCGUGCUGAGCGGGGGCACGGGCCGCCGGAUUUCCUUGUCGGACAUGCCGCGCUCCCCCAUGAGCACAAACUCUUCCGUGCACACGGGCUCCGACGUGGAGCAGGAUGCCGAGAAGAAGGCCACGUCGAGCCACUUCAGCGCGAGCGAGGAGUCCAUGGACUUCCUGGAUAAGAGCACAGCUUCACCAGCCUCCACCAAGGCGGGACAAGCAGGGAGUUUAUCCGGCAGCCCAAAGCCCUUCUCUCCUCAACUGUCAACUCCCAUCACGACGAAAAUGGACAAAACAUCCACCACCGGCAGCAUCCUGAAUCUUAACCUGGAUCGAAGCAAAGCAGAGAUGGAUUUGAAGGAGCUGAGUGAGUCGGUCCAGCAACAGUCUACCCCCGUUCCUCUCAUCUCUCCCAAGCGCCAGAUUCGUAGCAGGUUCCAGCUGAAUCUUGACAAGACCAUAGAGAGUUGCAAAGCACAAUUAGGCAUCAAUGAAAUCUCAGAAGAUGUUUACACGGCUGUAGAGCACAGUGACUCGGAGGAUUCUGAGAAGUCAGAUAGCAGCGACAGUGAGUAUAUCAGUGAUGAGGAGCAGAAGGCCAAGAAUGAACCAGAAGACGCAGAGGACAAAGAGGGUUGUCAGAUGGACAAAGAGCCAUCUGCCGUCAAAAAAAAGCCCAAGCCUACAAACCCAGUAGAGAUUAAAGAGGAGCUGAAAAGCACAUCACCAGCCAGCGAGAAGGCAGACUCUGGAGCAGUAACAGUCAAGGACAAGGCCAGCCCUGAGCCGGAGAAGGACUUUUCCGAAAAGGCAAAGCCUUCACCUCACCCCACAAAGGAUAAACUGAAGGGAAAAGAUGAGACUGAUUCCCCAACAGUCCAUUUGGGCCUGGACUCCGACUCAGAGAGUGAACUUGUCAUAGAUUUAGGAGAAGACCAUUCUGGGCGGGAGGGUCGAAAAAAUAAGAAGGAACCCAAAGCACCAUCUCCGAAACAGGAUGUUGUAGGUAAAGCGCCACCAUCCACGACGGCGGGCAGCCAGUCUCCCCCGGAAACGCCUGUGCUCACCCGCUCUUCCGCCCAAACUCCCGCGGCCGGCGCCACAGCCACCACCAGCGCGCCCUCCUCCGUCACCGUCACGGCCCCGGCCCCCGCCGCCGCAGGAAGCCCGGUGAAAAAGCAGAGGCCACUUUUACCGAAGGAGACUGCCCCGGCCGUGCAGCGGGUCGUGUGGAACUCAUCAAGUAAGUUUCAAACGUCCUCCCAAAAGUGGCACAUGCAGAAGAUGCAGCGUCAGCAGCAGCAGCAGCAGCAGCAGCAAAACCAGCAGCAGCAGCCUCAGUCUUCCCAGGGGACGAGAUAUCAGACCAGACAGGCUGUGAAAGCUGUCCAGCAGAAGGAGAUCACACAGAGCCCAUCCACGUCCACCAUCACCCUGGUGACCAGCACACAGUCAUCGCCCCUGGUCACCAGCUCGGGGUCCACGAGCACCCUCGUGUCCUCAGUCAACGCUGACCUGCCCAUCGCCACCGCCUCAGCCGAUGUCGCCGCCGAUAUUGCCAAGUACACUAGCAAAAUGAUGGACGCAAUAAAAGGAACAAUGACAGAAAUAUACAACGAUCUUUCUAAAAACACUACUGGAAGCACAAUAGCUGAGAUCCGCAGGCUGAGGAUCGAGAUAGAGAAGCUCCAGUGGCUGCACCAGCAAGAGCUCUCUGAAAUGAAACACAACUUGGAGCUGACCAUGGCGGAGAUGCGGCAGAGCCUGGAGCAGGAGCGGGACCGGCUCAUCGCCGAGGUGAAGAAGCAGCUGGAGCUGGAGAAGCAGCAGGCGGUGGACGAGACCAAGAAGAAGCAGUGGUGUGCCAACUGCAAGAAGGAGGCCAUCUUUUACUGCUGUUGGAACACCAGCUACUGCGACUACCCCUGCCAGCAAGCUCACUGGCCCGAACACAUGAAGUCCUGUACUCAGUCAGCUACUGCUCCUCAGCAGGAAGCGGAUGCUGAGGUGAACACAGAAACACUAAACAAAUCAUCCCAGGGGAGCUCCUCGAGCACACAGUCAGCACCUUCAGAAACGGCCAGUGCCUCCAAAGAGAAGGAGACGUCCGCUGAGAAAAGCAAGGACAGUGGCUCGACCCUCGACCUUUCUGGCUCCAGGGAGACGCCCUCCUCCGUUCUCUUGGGCUCCAACCCAGGCUCUGUUAGCAAAAGGUGUGACAAGCAACCUGCCUAUGCCCCAACCACCACAGACCACCAGCCGCACCCCAACUACCCCGCCCAGAAGUACCAUUCCCGGAGUAGCAAAUCCAGUUGGAGCAGCAGCGAAGAGAAGAGGGGAUCGGCACGUUCCGAGCACAACACCAGUACCAGCACCAAGAGUCUCCUCCCAAAAGAGUCUCGGCUGGACACCUUCUGGGACUAGCAGCGAAUCGGGACACAAACCGUCCAUCCCAUGGGGAGAAAAACCCAGACGCCAGGAAAAGGAGAAACGACAAAGACAGGAGAACAGCCACCUUCAGACUGGAGAAUGACGAACCCUCGGACGGGCCUGAGCCCCUGGCGCGGGGGCUGCGACACUACAGGACGCCCUGCAUCGGCUUUGACUGCGGACCGUUCACCCACAUGAGCCCUGUGCGUUAGGUGUAAAUAAUGUACAAUUUGUGGAUGUCCCUGAACCUAGAGGACCGUCUCCUUUUUAUAUUUGUAUUAACUUUAACUUAUAAAAAAGAAAAAAACAAUUACAAAAACAAAAAAAGCCAACCCCAACAACAAAAAGAAUGUUCUGGUGUUGGAGAAGGGAUGGUCAGUUAGUCCGUAUGUCACACAAUGGAAUGGAAGCUGGGCCCGGGGACCGCUUUCACACUCACGUCCUCAUCCUUGGGUACCCAGGGGAGGGCCAGCCGUUUUCACUCACGUGUCUGUACUCAGCAUGCUGGGAUCGGGAGUUCUGGCACAGACUCUACCCCGUGAAGCCAUGGGCUCCUUUCAGCUACUGCAUUACAACGUUCCUAAAACACAAGCUCUCUGGACCAGACGGACACAGGGAGAAGCUAGUUUAUUUCAUGUGAUUUAAACGAUUCUACUCCUAAAAGGGAAAAAACACAAUGUCCUUGUUUACAGAAGAGAAAGAAACAAGCCCCAUUUAGCUCAGUGGCAGAAGAGGAGAGCCUAGAAAGCGUUAGGAUCAUGAACUCUGAAAAAAAAUCUUUGCUUUGCUUUGUGAUUCCUUUAAACACACACUCACACACUUGGUCAGAGACGCUGCGCUUCUCGGAAGCGAGGACUCAGGCAAGGCGCACGCAGAGGACAUUCGAGUCUGGGAUGAAGCAUGUACGUAUUAUUUAUAUGAUGGAAUUUCACAUUUUUAUGUAAGCAUGAAACAAAGGCAGUAUGAGAGAAAGCAACACCCCGUCAUGCUGUCCGUGACACUACGUAUGCUGUAGAACCAUUUUGUAUGUGUGUAAAACAAAAAGCAUUGAUCAAAAAGCAAAAGGUGAUGUAUGUAUAUGAGCAAAUUAACUGUCCGAUAUCAUUCCAGUACGUUUCGUUGUACAUUUUAGUCUCGUUUACUUUCUCUUCAUUGUUAAGAGGAUGCGAACUGUACAGUUUCCAGCUAGUUCCCCAUAUUAGAGAAGAACUAAGAAGAGUAUUAGAAGAACACAGAGAAAGAACAUUUGUGAAUUGCAGUUGUCAAAAAAAAAAAAAAAAAUAGCCUAGCUGGCCUUAUUUGUGAAGCAUAAUUGCUUUUAGCAUAUGGAAGUAUUUUUUCACAUUUUCUUUGUAUAAAAUUUGUAUUAAACUUAAAUAUCUUUUUGA